CUUUCCAACUUACCAACCACUAUUUAUAGCCCUCCUUCUUCUGUAAAUCUUUGUUUGCCCCUUUUCAAACUUGUGGCUGCUAUAAAUGUUGCAGUAACCCACCUUCCAUUAGUGUUAUCCUCUUCUUGUUGCGUGUGUGUGUGUGUGAGAGAGAGAGUUUUAGAGAUGGGAAAUUGUCAAGCCGUUGACACUGCAACUCUGGUCAUACAACAACCCAAUGGGAAAGUGGAAAGGUUGUAUUGGCCUGUCACUGCUAGUGAAGUCAUGAAGACCAACCCUGAUCACUAUGUUGCUCUUCUUAUCUCCACCACAUUGUGCACGUCCAAGGACACUGAAAAUUGCCAAAUUAAGAGUGAAAACAACAACCCCAAUACCACCAACCCCGUUCGUCUCACCCGCAUCAAGCUUCUCAAGCCAACGGAUACCCUUAUGCUUGGCCAAGUUUAUAGACUAAUCUCAGCUCAAGAGGUUAUGAAGGGUCUCUGGGCAAAGAAGCAAGCAAAGCUGAAGAGAAACUCGCCAGAAUCAGCACAAAAGCCAAAUCUGAUGAAGGAAAGGACAGACAAAUCAGCAAGGAGGUCUGAGCCGGAGGACAACCUGGAAACGAAAGGUGAAAGACAGGGGUCAAGGACAGCAUCAAGUAAUAAUGCUUCUGGUGCCACAGCUAAGUCAAGAACAUGGCAACCCUCUUUACAAAGCAUCUCAGAGGCAACAAGCUGAUCUGUGUUUUCAAUCUUUCCCACAUGUGAUGUGAGGGACAGACAGAGGAGCAUUCAGCGACACUCAAACCACCAAAAUCAAAUUAAUCAAUCCUUCUCCAUCAUUGCUUAGAUCUGUGCAAAUUAAAUUAAAUUAAAUAUAGUACAUUUGGGGAACCCAGAGAAAACUCAGAGAUCAUAAAACUCCCUUCGCUUCACCACCUUCAUGCAUAAUAAUUCUGUAUAGUAAAGGUUGACAUAUUGAACAUCAAUUUAUGUAUUCAGAUCUUACUUUCUGGUGAAAACACCCUUCAACAGCAUAACUUCACCGUUUUUCUUA